AAAGACAAGGUUGCAUAACGGGUUAGAGAUCCUACAAUCAUAUAGUUCAUGUUUGGGUACCUAUAUGCUAUAUGCUAAUUCAAAAGUGUGGGAUUGAGAUCAAUUUAUCUUCUGUCGUGAUUUUCCACUCGAAUAGUGAAGUUGUGACUGAAUCAUCAGAUGCCUUCAGUUGGAUGCCAUUAUGCAUUACUUGAUUAUUGCGACUAUAUUCGCAAUCUCCUCCGUCGAAUCGUUGCUGAUUACCGUUGAACAAGGUACAUUAAAUGGAACACAUUUGGAAGCUCGUAAUGGUAAACUAUUCAACGCUUUUUAUGGAAUACCGUAUGCUAAGCCUCCAAUUGGAAAGUUAAGAUUCAAACCUCCCGUUAAGGCUGGACCAUGGAAGGGUAUUUUAGAUGCCACUCAGCAUCCUCCUAUUUGUAUACAAACACUCGAGGGUACAAGUACGAUUGAAGGUACCGAAGAUUGUUUGUAUUUGGAUAUUUAUACUCCGCUGAAUGCUCGAAAAGGUAGCAAUUUACCAGUAAUUGUGUACAUUUUUGGAGGUAAAUUUAAACAAGGAUCCACAUAUGAAAAUGGACCACAGAACAUUAUGCAAAAUGAUGUCAUUAUCGUGUUUCCUAGUUAUCGACUCGGUGUAUUUGGAUUUUUGAGCACAGGAGACACAGUAAUUCCAGGAAAUUUCGGUUUAAAAGAUCAGACAUUGGCGAUGAAAUGGGUUCAAAAAAACAUUCACCAUUUUGGAGGUGAUCCUGAUCGAGUCACAUUGCAUGGUCAUAGUUCCGGGGCUGCGUGUGUCCAUUUGCACACAUUGUCACCUGCAAGUAAAGGAUUGUUUCAUAAAGUGAUUAUCCAAAGCGGUGUAGGAUCCUGUACGAUAGAAUAUUUCGGCCCCGAUGUAUCUCGUGCGAUUGCGAAAGAAUUCGGCAUCAGAGUCGGUUGCCCGAGUGUAACUUCUUCUCAAGAUAUGUAUGAAUGUUUCAUGAAUAUACCCCCAAAUAUCACUGCUUCAAUUCCAGAACAAAUGUAUGUAUGGGAUCUGGAUCCAGAUGCCACAUUUAGACCUACGAUCGAAGAUAAAAACGCUGAACAAGCAUUUCUCACUGAAAUGCCGAAUCAAGCUCGAUAUCAAGCCAAUAAUAUACCUUGGCUUAUCGGAAUAACAACAGGGGAAGGAGCUUUCAAAGUUGCUCGAUAUUUAAAUAUCGAUAACGAUGCCGAAUUGGCGCCGUUAAUAAAUGAAGAUUACGAGUUGUUGUUUCCUAUAACAAUGCAAUAUUUAUGGAACACCAAAGUCGAAGAUUUGAAUUUUAUUUCAAAAGCUCUUCGGAAGCGAUAUUUUGGAAAUCGAGAAAUAGGAAAAGAAACCGAUCGUGAGAUGACCUCGAUGUACACGGAUGCUAUGUAUGGGUUCUGUACCAUUGACGCAAUACGCACGUAUCCAGGCCCCAAACACGUGUAUUUAUACAAUUAUAGCGGAAAUUAUUCGAUGAAAGUACAAAAUUGUAUUGGAAAUUACGAUAAAUUCUUAGGUCCGAGCCAUGCUGACGAAGUAAGAUUAUUUUUCGAACGUCAAGGAACCAUUGACCUGAUAAAUGAUGAAGAUCUCAGGUUUGGUGACGAAUUAAUCAAAAGAUGGAUUAAUUUUGCGUACACGAGUGAUCCAAAUUCACCGAUGAAAAUUGACGAAACGAUAAUGGGUUAUUGGAAACCAGUGACGUCCAACAGGAUCGAAUAUUUGUUCAUCGACUGGAAUGGAACAAUGCGAACGGAUUUGUAUAAAGGAACGUACCAGUUUUGGAAAAGUUUACCCAUUGGUAGUAGGUAUUAUAAUUAUGGAAAAUCUUGAAGAAUGAGGUGGUUUUCAGACUUACGGUGAUCGAAUACGUAAAACCGUACUUUUACCAGCAUUUUAUUCUGUGAUAUUACGAGUAGAAUCUCUCGAAACGUAUUUUGGUAUUUUUUUUAACGAACUUCAGGUUUUGAAUCUGUUUCAUUAAUUGUUAUUUUUCACUCUUUCGGAAUCACAUUUAAAAAAUUCAAUAAUUUAUACCUAGCAAUACUCCUCAUUCCUCAAUAAAUCAAAACAAUCAACGAAACAGGUAAUUUAAUUACUGUUAAAAUAUUUAUACUAAUGUUACCAUCAGUUUUCAAACUAGACUUAAGAAAAUAAAACGAACAAAAAAUAAACGUAUAAAAAAGUC